UCAUAGUGAUGAGAGAGAAUCAGAUUAAGAAAGAGGACAACGACGGAGGGGGGAAAAAGAGACAAUCAGUCACGGUUGCUUUUUCUAGCCACAAACAAGUGCUAGAAAUGUGGUGCUGAGUAUCAUCCACCUGCUCUGCCUGGAGACCUAGGAAUUCACAGAAGCACUUUGCACUGCCAGGAAAACAAAGAAGAGGAGGCGAGAGGACUGGCGGAGAGGGAUUGUGCUUUUAGGAAGCUAAGCUCGCUUCCUCCGCUGGGAAACAGAAGGAAGCCUGAGAGGUGCCGGGAGCUCCUGGGAGGCGAGAAUCUAGACACAGCAGAACUCUGGACAGCGCCUUGAGAGCUGCCUGGGUUCACAUUCGGCUCCCCAGAGCUCAGUUCCCCAUUGUCGGCUUCUGGACUCCCACGGAUCGCCGGCGGUUGCUGUUUGAACGUACCAGGGGUUGGAGCAGCUCUUUCUGGCCUGGCCGCAAAAAAACGGUUUUCUGGCUCUGGAAAUCCAGACCUUGUGAUUUUGGUGGUGAAGAGAGAAAAGUUUGAAGAUUUGGACUGUGGUAGGGGGUGGAAGGGGCUAAGGAGGACUUUGGAAGAAAGAAAUUGGAUGAUUGGCUUCUUUCUCUGAGCUGGAAGGAAUGAUGACCCAAGGAGGAUGUGCACCAGCAGCCAGAUCAUUGGGAGCCUCUUAGUGCUCUCUGUGCUGGAGAUAGGGCUGGGAAUGUCCAGCGUUGCCGUGGGGGCAGUCAGCUUCAGCCUGGCCCUCCGAGAGCAGACACCGCAGCUUGGAGACUCGUCCCCGGUAUGGAGCGGGGUGUGUUUUCUUCUUUGUGGCAUAUGUGGAAUACUGUGCGCCAAAAAAAAAUCAGGACUUGUUAUGAUCCUCUUUUCAGCUUGUUGUAUCUGUGGGCUCAUUGGUGGCAUCCUGAAUUUUCAGUUUCUUCGGGCAGUCACAAAGAAGACUUCAUCAGUGUACCCACUGCACCUCGCAUCCAUGUCUUUGGCAUGUAUUGGCAUUGGGGGAUGUACUCUGUCUUCCUGGCUCACUUGUCGUCUAGCCAGCUAUGAGCAAAGGAGAAUGUUCUCAGAAAGGGAACAUUCCCUGCAUCAUUCUCAUGAGAUGGUUGAGAAAAGAUUGAGAGCUAUUGAAAUAACCGACUUGCCCAGCUGUCCGAUGGUGCCCCUGACACCAGAGUUACCUACAAGGCAUGAUGAUUUACACCUAGAAUAUCAACAUUCAGAGAACUGAGGCAGAAGGAUUGCAAGUUUGAAACAACUCUGAGGAAAUGACAGAGAACAUGAGCAAUGGAGGACCACAGCUGAUAUUUAAUGGAAGAGUACAAUCACUGUUUUAAAGAAGUGAAAAAUUUUCAGGUUGUUCAUGAAGUAGGAGAGGUUGAAGUCUUGGGAGCUGCAGUUAAAACAUUUGUUGCAUUUACAGUUAUUUCUCCUGAGCAUCCACUAAAAUUAUUCCUUCUCAAUUUUGCCUCACAUACCAUCAGCCUUUUCUAUAGGGUAAAAACUUUCCAGAAACAUUGUAGAUUUUAGUCUCUUCAGAAGUUGUUCUGAAAAAGACUCUUCCAGAAAACUAAAUGAAACAGCUAUUAUUACUACUAUACACAAACAGCAUUUGACUAGCAUGAGCUUUUAUGACUAAUUCAAAAGUAAACACAUAAAGAACUAACAAUAACAUAUUAAUGUCUUUGUUUUGAAAGACUACUGACUUCAAUUAUAUUAAGAAUCAAAGCCUCAGUAAUGCCUUGUUGUAACAUUGUAAUUAAUUUCAGUUUGUGAAUGAACUACAUUUCAUGGUUUAUUUGUAAACUACAAAAGGUGCAGCAUAAAAGGUGAAAUUUUAGUGAAAGAAUAUUAAUCUGUAUGAUAUUUUUUCACUUUUGCACAAAUUAAAAUAUUGUUCAAGACAAAUAAGUAUGUUUUCACCAUACUGUGCAGAUUCAUCUGCAUGUUCAUGAGAUAAUUUAAAAACAAAAUAUGUGUUAUACAUAGAUGUAAAUAUACUGUAAAUAUAGAAAAUACAUGCAGCAUAUAUUUAUAGCUACAUGAAUGUAAAUAGAAAAUAGUAAAUAAGUUGUGUGGGUAUGAAGGUAGUCUAUCAGUUAUAGGAAGAACAUUAAUCAAAGAUUUACAAGACUAUAAGGUCACAGACUUAGUUUCUACUCUUUCUGUCCAUUUUCUUCUUUUUGUUAAGUAUAUUGUAUGUAGAUAGAAUUGUGGCUUACAUUUAUAGAGCUGAGUGACUUGAAAACUGAAUCAUAAAUUACAUAGUUAUUGGGCAUAUUACUGUGAUCAUGGUGUUAUAUAAAAGUAAUUUUCAAUAUUUAUUUAUAAAUAUAACUUUAAUCUUAUAUCUCUAUAUUUAUAAACAAAAGUUAUUUAAGUGUUUUGUGUCCUUUGAUGAUUAAUAUAAAAUAAUACAGACUGGUCAUAUUUGGGCAGGUGUAUAUUGAAAGCAUCUGAUGGUAUUCUCAGUAUAAGAAAAUUGAAAGAUAAACUGACUUUCAUAUAGCUAGAUUCAAAUCUUCUCUUCCACAAUGGAACAAUAAAAUAACAACACAAUAUGUAUAAAUGAGGAAAUAGCAUGGACUUCAAGAUGUUUCUGAAAAUUAAUUUCUGCCAAUCUCCAAAGUAAUAUUUUAAAAUAAGUAACACUUCACUAUAUAUUUUUAUUACUUGCCAAAACUAAACAAAUUUCAACUCAUUUUUAUGAGUUAUUCAAUUGCAGGAAACUUCAUACCUUUAUUGCUCAGUAUAAGAAAAGAUUAUAAUCACAAGAAAGACAGGAGCUUUUAUUGUGCUAACAAAACAGCAAUAAUUUGGUCUAUGAGCCUUUGACAAGGCUGUUGAAUUUAACUCCACAGAAAAUUAUGACUGAACAGAAAUAGCUGCCCUCUACUUGUGUUUUGGUAUAGUUUUGACUCUUCCCACAAUUGUUUGGAUACUUCAUCUUCUGGUAUAUUGCAGAUGGUGUCCAUAGAUUCAAUCUUAAAUAAUGAGUAAGUAUCAUAACUAUUCAUUUCAUGCCACAUAUAGACCUAUUUCUCACUAACUAUCUAAACUGUAAAAUGUGGAGAUCUCAUGUAUUUUAACAAAUUGAGGCAGGAGAUAGCUUCAUCUUUAAGUGAGAAACAACUGGCUCUAACUUUGGUAGAUUUCUCUGUAGACAUUUUAUAAAAUUCAGAAUCAAAAUACAUCAACACAUUUAAUGUCAUUUGAAUUUAUUUUUAAAGUACAUAUUAAAAGAUCAAAAUGUGGUAUCCCUGCUUUGAAACACAGCUAAGAAGAGAUGCAAACACUUCAGUUAUCUAAAUAGUUCAGUGUGUGUGUUUUUAACCAAUUUUAAACUGUAAUUAUUUCAAGUCAGUGUUUCUUGAGUUCCAUUGGGAUUAUUUACUUGGGAUAUGAGGUGAUUCUUGAGAUAAGUAGAGGGCAUUAAGACAUUAUGUAAGUAAUUAAAGUUUUAAUUUUGACCAAAAACUAACAAGGAAUCAAAAACAUUAAUGCCUACAUAAUAGUUUUAGUACAUACUUACCCUUGAGGAAACAUAAAGUUAUACUAAAUUAAAAAUAUAUGUAAAACUGAUUUGGAGUAUGCUUUACAUACAAAAAGAAAAAGUUGUCAUUUAUUGAAAAUUAAAAAAUAUUCAUAUGUUUAUAUGUGUGCAAUAUACACACAACUGUUUUGAAGUGGAAUGUUGUAUGAUGACUCCUGAUGUUUACAUAA